ACAUGCAGUGUUUUUAACUUCUUCUUCGUCUUUUUUUAAUUGUUUCUUCUCUCGCCGCCGUUGUGCCGAAUUGCACUUCUCCGGUUACGAAUCGCCGGUUAAAAUCUGUAAUUCUCGCGUUGCGCCGCUAAAAUUUCUCACAGAUUCCAAGCAGGAAUAAUUAUCCAGGACCUGUAAUCGAAGAAGACGGUGAAUUCGGAAUCGAAAACCCAUCGGGAAUUUUAUCGAUUUUCCCUCAGUGUUUUGAAGAUGGAUUAUAGAAGAGGAGGUCGAGGAAGAAGAGGAGGGCUUGGAGGCAGUGGCUCUGAGUAUGCCAAAGCAAAGAAAUUUGUGAUUUUCCCUGAAAAUACGUUACCUGAUCCAAAAUCUAUCUCAUACGACUCGCAAUUGCUUUCGAGCUACUUUAGUUUUCAAAAGUUUUGGAGAAACUCGCCUUAUCAUUUAGGCGAUGGUGUUUCAAAGAAAGAGAAAGAGAGUUUAGACAUUGAGAGGUUUUCAGACUCUGUGAAGCCAAAGAGGAAGUCUAACAAGAGUGGAUCUUUUUAUGAUUAUCUUGUUCUUAGAGCUGAUAACUUCCCUAAAGAACUACUUGGAGGUUUGGAAUAUUCAUCUCAACACAUUUGUAAUCUUUUUUUUUGGGUUCAGAUUUGUGUUGCAGUCACUGAAUUAUAUGCAAUUUCAGAUACGCGAAGAGAACGGCCUGUGAAGAGAGCAAAAUGGACUCAAGACGCAGACUUGCAGAAAUUGGAUGUGUUUGAGAGGCUUGAAGCAAAAUACAAGACUGAAGGCAAGGAAGAGAUUGAAGAAGGAGAAGAUGAUGAUGAAGUUGUGGAAUCAGAAGGAGAAGAGUCUGAUAACGGAGAUUAUGAUCAGAAUCAUGACUUUGAUGAUGAUGACGACUAUAACCAGGCGGAUGAUGGUGAUUAUGAAGAUGUCUAUUAAGCUUCUUCUUCUUCCCAAAAAAGAUCAAGUUUUGCAUACAAGAGAAGCCAGGCAUGUCCCAGUAGAUGAAGAAGUGUAUUAAGCUUCUUCUUCUUGAGACAAAUCACGUCUCACCUCCAAGGAUCAUUGUGGAUUGUUCUUUGCUUUUAGUCAUUCUCUGAAUUUUGUUCUCUAACAAAAUGUUGUAUUUUGCUUAAAGGAAUUUAAUUUCAGUUUGCAGAGAAGGUUUUAUCCGAUUUUUUUUGGGCGAAUGGAAGUGAAAGAUU